AUGGCGACUCAAGCUCAAAUUAACCCACAGAAGCAACAGGAGCUUCAGCUCCAAUAUACGAACUUCAAGAACACUCUGACGCAGAUGGCACAAAAGAUUGGAGACAUUGAGCAGGAAGCUGAGGAACACAAGCUCGUCAUCGAAACCCUGGAACCCCUUCCACGAGAGCGCAAGUGCUUCCGAAUGGUUAACGGAGUGUUGGUUGAGCGGACAAUUGAAGAUGUUUUGCCUGCGCUUAAGACAAAUUCAGAUGGUCUGAAGCAGGUGUUGGAAGAGUUGGUCAAGCAAUACCAGGGCAAGCAGUCCGAGCUGGACAGCUGGAAGAAGAAGAAUAAUGUCCAGGUGGUCCAGCCUUGA